AUGGCCAAUAAUAACCCGCUUGUGCGGCUCGCACAGAAACUUGCUUCAGAAGGUCCAUACAGGGUCGAACAAACACCGCGGCGCGUACGAGCAUUGUUCAACGGUAGAUACGUCAUAGACACUCUGCGAGCAUAUCACGUCUGGGAACACCCAAACUUCCCGCAGUUCUACGUUCCAACGUCAGAAUUUGCAGAUGCCGAUCUUACAUCAACAUCUCCCAUCGAUGGCACGCACGGCCACGUGCACUUUGGACGCCUUGCCGCCGGAAAUGCAGUCACUGAGCGUAUUCUCAUCUUCGGCACUGAAGAAUUGAGAGACCUGGUCAAGGUCGAUUUCCACAGCAUGGACCAGUGGUUUGAAGAAGACGUUCCGGUAUAUGGCCAUCCAAAAGAUCCCUACAAACGCAUCGACAUUCUCCACUCUACGCGCAACAUCAAGGUAGGCAUCGAUGGUGUCACCCUCGCAGAUACUUCUUCGCCACUGUUUCUCCUCGAAACAACGCUGCGAAGUAGGCAUUAUCUUCCGCCCACGAGCGUGAGUUGGGAGUACUUGCGCAGGAGUGAUACAGAGACGCUAUGCCCAUACAAGGGAAGAGCAAACUACUACCAUGUUGUGGUAAACGGGAAGGAACAUAGGGAUCUGGUAUGGUACUAUAGAUACCCUACUAGUGAGAGUGCAUCCAUUGCCGGUUACUUGUGCUUUUACAAUGAGAAGGUCGAUGUCUGGAUUGAUGGAGAAAAGGAACAGCGGUAG